AUGAUCGCUCCGUAUCUUUGCAAGCAGCAGAUUCCACAAGAGAUGAAUCCCGGUAUGCGGUCUGGAGUGUUUUUCCGGUUGAUGAUGAGACAAUCGUUAUUCGGUCGAGGCUCAGGUGGUAACUUGAAUCUUGGCGGUUCCUAUCAGAGCAGCUUCUUUGGCCAACCAGCUUCACAGGCUUGUCAAGGAACAUCGGGAGGAUAUGUACGCUGCGAUGUGAACGCUGACUACUUCAUUGAUGAAAUGAUGCGAUGGUUACAAGAAGGAGUCGCCGGAGCAGCAGCAUUUCGAGCUGAUGCUGCACUGGUGGUCACCUGGUAUAACACAGCUUCAGCGAUUUCUGGCAGGAGUGACAUGGACGCAGGCCAGCUCGCCACGUAUCAACUUAUUUGGCUUACUGAUCAGGCUGCACGAUUGAGCUAUGUGAUCCUCAACUACGAUAAACUCGGUUUCGAUGCCGCCGAUUUCCGAGCGAACUCAAGAAGUGGAAGGUGUCAGGUUGGCUUCUUUACAAUUUUGACGAUAUCCUAG